GGGUAAUCCAGCCCUGAGUGUGGUGUAUUCAUGCAGCAGACAUGGGAGUUUCAUGAGAGCUGGCUUCACUGGUCAGACUAUCUCCAGGAAGAAGAACUGAAGUACAGCAAAAGAUACCAUUACCGGGUUCGCUGGAGCAUCCCAACCUGCAGGAAGCCCAUCCCACGAGCUACAGCAUGCAUCUAUUUCAUCAUUGAAAUCUCCAAAAUUAAACCACCUACCUUGCCAGUUGAGGUAUUCUUCAUUUUGGAAUCAAAUAAGCUUAUUCACAGACCAGGACAGUGUCGGGUUAGAGAAAAAUGGCUCAAAGACAUCAUUGAAAGCAAGAGGAUACUCAUGGACAGCAUAACUUUCUAAAUUAAUAUUUGAUUCAGAUUAAAUCUAACUCAAAAGGGCACCUGCAGUUUGUUGGCGUUAUAUGGAAAAUAAACUAAGGACACUGCAA